UCCUCAAACGAGAAAAAAAGGUACUUGUUCUGAGCUCUCUCUUGCCUGCCUGUCAUGCACUUUGGCACGACUCAGUCGUCCCUGCAAAGCCCGCCCUCUCUCUCUCUCUCUCUCUCUCUCAUGAUGUCGCCAGAUUCAUCCACUUCUUAGGGUUUUCUCUCUCUCCUUCCUCGCGAAUCCAAGAACCCGAAAGCACCUUCGAGAUUCCGCACUGUGUAAGAGCCUUGCCCUUCGCUUUUUCGCCAAGAUCAAAAUCGACCCUCGUCGGCUCCGCACUCCCACCUCCCGAUCUUGGGCUCUUUUCUCUUUCUCCGGGGUCCAUUCUCAAGUGGGUGCCUCGAAUUUCCUUCCACUUCGCUCGAAGCUUCUUGCUUUUCUUCUGGGUAGUUGAGAAAAGAUCGCAAGAUUGCUUGUUCCCUUCUUCUUCUUCUUCUUCUUCUUCUUCCUGGGUCUGGUUUGGUCUGGUUUUGGUUGGGAGUUAGGUGGAGGUACGAUGAAGAUAUCGUUCUACACUAAUCCCGACUAGUUUUCAGCUCUUCGAUUCGGCUCCUCGUACACCCAGUUGAGUUGUUUCUGCGUUUUGGGUCGCUCGGAUUUCGGGAGUUGGGUAUUUAAAUAGUGGGAACAGGGUAGUAGAUUUGUCGAUUCAGAUGGCUGCAUCUGGGGAUGGUGCUGCUUGUGUCGAUGGCGUCGAGAAGCUGGUUUCCGCGAGGAAGUCGUUGAUGCUGAGCUUGGAGAAGUCGAAAGCCCUGAGCUCGAAGCUGGAGAAAACGGGCCCGAGAUUGGCCGAGAUCAACCAGAGGUUGCCCUCCUUGGAGGCUGCCGUCCGGCCUAUCCGCGCCAAUAAGGACGCCCUUGUCGCUGUGGGUGGGCACAUUAACCGUGCGGUCGGCCCCGCCGCGGCGGUGCUCAAGGUUUUCGAUGCGGUUCAUGGACUCGAGAAGAUGCUGUUGUCAGAUCCGCGCAAUGAUUUGCCCGGGUACUCGUCGGUGUUGAAGCGACUCGAGGAGGCAUUGAGAUUUUUGGGGGAUAAUUGUGCAUUGGCAAUCCAGUGGCUGGAGGAUAUAGUGGAGUAUCUGGAGGAUAAUACUGUGGCAGAUAAAGGGUACAUUUCAAGUCUGAAUAAAUUAUUGCAGAGUCUUAGGGAAUUGCAGAGCGAUGGUGGAAGAGCACAUCUUGAUGGUGGGCUCCUCGAUGCAGCAUUGGAUAUACUGGAAAGUGAGUUCCGUCGGCUCUUGACGGAGCACAGUUCACCGCUUCCAAUGUCUGCUCCAUCAUCUCUUGGAGAGCAAGCUUGCAUUGCACCGUCUCCAUUGCCAGUAGCUGUCAUUCAGAAGUUGCAAGCUAUUAUUGGGAGGUUGAUCGCAAAUAAGAGGUUUGAUAGGUGCAUAUCGAUAUACGUAGAAGUGCGCAGUUCCAAUGUUAGAGCAAGUUUACAGGCUCUUGAUCUGGACUAUCUUGAAAUAUCUAUCUCUGAAUUUAAUGAUGUUCAGAGCAUAGAGGGGUAUAUCACUCGGUGGGGGAAGCAUUUGGAAUUUGCAGUGAAGCAUUUGUUUGAGGCAGAAUAUAAACUCUGCAAUGAUGUAUUUGAGAGACUUGGUAUGGAUGUUUGGAUGGAUUGCUUUGCGAAAAUAGCUGCCCAAGCAGGUAUUCUUGCGUUUCUUCAAUUUGGGAAGACUGUUACAGAGAGCAAGAAAGACCCAAUCAAACUUUUGAAAUUGUUGGACAUAUUUGCAUCUUUGAACAAAUUGCGAUUGGAUUUUAACAGGCUCUUCGGGGGAGCAGCCUGUGCUGAGAUUCAGAAUUUGACCCGUGAUCUCAUUAAGAGGGUCAUUAAUGGGGCAAGUGAGAUUUUCUGGGAACUCCUUGCUCAGGUAGAGAUUCAGAGACAAACCCCACCUCCUCCUGAUGGAAGUGUACCGAGAUUGGUGAGCUUUGUGACUGAUUAUUGCAAUAGGCUUCUGGGGGACAAUUAUAAGCCUAUUCUGACUCAGGUCCUGGUCAUUCAUCGUAGUUGGAAUCAUGAAAAUUUCCAAGAGAGACUCCUUAUUACUGAGAUUCUCAAAAUUAUGAAAGCAGUGGAACAGAAUUUGGAGACUUGGGUGAAGGCUUAUGAUGAUAGUAAUCUUGCCAACUUUUUUAUGAUUAAUAGUCACUGGCAUUUGUACAAGCACUUGAAAGGGACAAAGCUUGGUGAGCUCUUGGGGGAAUCUUCAUUAAAAGAACACGAACAGUACAAGGAAUACUACACCACGGUUUUCUUGAGAGAGAGCUGGGGACACCUUCCUGGUCACUUAAGUAGAGAAGGCCUAAUUUUAUUCUCAGGGGGGCGUGCUACUGCUCGUGAUCUUGUGAAGAAAAGGCUGAAAAAUUUCAAUGACGCUUUUGAUGCCAUGUAUUCAAAGCAGUCAAACUGGGUCAUGAUGGAGAAAGAUCUGAGGGAGAAGACAUCCCAGGCUAUAGUCCAAAUGGUUGUGCCUGUUUACAGGAGCUUUAUGCAACACUAUGGACCGCUGGUUGAGAAAGACCAAAGCUCAAGCAAAUAUGCUAAAUAUACUGUGCAGAACUUGGAGAAAAUGCUGGAUUCUCUUUAUCAGCCAAAGCCAACUAGAUAUGGCAGUUUCAAAGGAAGGCAGCUUAGCGGAAAGUUUAACAAUGGGCUACAAGACCUCCGUCGCACUACUUCUGCUGUUAUGUAAUUGUCCCAUAUAUAUAUUUAUUCCAUCAUGGUUAACCUGCAAGGGAACCAUGUUCCAAUAUAUUGACCCAGUUGGUUGGUAGUCAUUUAGCCUGUUGCCGUGUACAUAUCUCAAAAGAAUGGAGGGGUUCUGCAGUUUGAGUUGGAAGGUGGACAAGUUCAUCCAUUGCCUGAAACUUCAGUUGAUGAUGAAGUUUUUAAGUUGCCUGAUAUUCUUACCUACUGUGCAGACUGUGAGAUCUAUAAGGUCAGAUUGGAAUACAUUAAUUUGUAGCUAGUCUUUUACUUUUCGUAUUCAUCAUUUCAGCCCGAUUGCUUGAGUUGCUUGAUAGGUGGCAGUAUAACCAUGUAGCUGCUGGGUCUUGUUUACUUUCUCAUCAUAAAUGUAUACAGCUAUCUAGCAGCAAAGUUGAAGGUUCAGAUCAGUGCUAGUACGUGAACUAUUGUGGUACAAAACAUUUGCAUUAGGGCUCAGGGUCACCAAAGCAGUGUUGUCAAUAAGUAAUGAAAUCAUAGUCUGCCAUUGAUUUUGAUUCAA